AUCCUAUCCACUAGGUUCACUACCCUAAUCCUCAUUCUUAAUCAGGUAACAGGUAAACGGGUAAAAUGUCCACCAGGGACACUGAGCGAAGGCCAGAUCGUCAAGGCUUUGUUCAGCAACUAUACAAAAAUGCUUCCAGAAGGAGAUAAUGCUGUUGAGGUUCAGAUUGAGAUGCACGUUCAGGACAUGGGCUCGCUAAACGAGAUCACAUCGGACUUCGAGAUCGACAUCCUGUUUACACAACUGUGGCGGGAUGAAUCCCUGUCCUUUGCGCAUAUGCUGGCUUGCAAGAGGAAUAUAACGAUGGAGCCACGUAUGCUGCAACGGAUAUGGACACCAAACACCUGUCUGAUCAACUCGAAGCGUACGAUGAUCCAUGCAUCUCCCAGUGAGAACGUGAUGCUGAUCCUGUAUGAGAAUGGUACGGUAUGGAUAAAUCAUCGCCUGUCCGUGAAAUCUCCAUGUAACCUCGAUCUGAGGCAAUUUCCAUUUGAUGUACAAAGUUGUAUACUCAUUUUGGAGUCAUACAGUCAUAAUGCCGAAGAGGUACAACUGCGUUGGAUGGAGGAGGCUGUGACGCUAAUGAAACCAAUCCAGUUACCAGACUUCGACAUGGUUCACUAUGAGACUAAGAAAGAAAACCUUCUCUAUCCAAAUGGAUAUUGGGACCAAUUACAGGUUGUCUUCACGUUCAAACGCCGUUAUGGAUUCUACAUCAUUCAAGCUUAUGUGCCAACAUAUCUGACGAUAAUUGUUUCCUGGGUAUCCUUCUGUAUGGAACCAAAAGCGUUGCCAGCACGAACCACUGUCGGCAUUUCUUCAUUGUUGGCUUUGACAUUUCAGUUCGGGAACAUCCUAAAGAACCUGCCUCGCGUUUCGUAUGUCAAAGCAAUGGACGUGUGGAUGUUGGGCUGUAUCUCAUUCGUCUUCGGUACCAUGGUCGAAUUGGCCUUCGUCUGUUACAUAAGUCGAUGUCAGAAUAGUGUGAGGAGUGCUGAACGUCGCAAAGAACGUUUUCGCACAUCGCAAGUUUGGACAAAUGGGUCUUGUAGGAGUCGAGCAGGAAACAUCAACUCGAAUGGGAACAACAAGCAUGAUACCCAGACUGCGAAUGGCUGCUUGAUAAAUCGAGGAGCUCAAACAAUGCCGAAGGGGCCUUGCACAAAUGCACGUCAUCAUGUUACGACAUUUGACUCAGAGCAGCCCCUCACAUUUGAGCAGUUCCGUUCGCCUUCACCAGCGACGAAUGCCGGCUGCAUAGCGAGGUUUCAUCCUGAAGCAGUUGAUAAAUUUUCUAUCGUCGCUUUUCCUCUUGCGUUUACGUUUUUUAAUGUGAGGAUUUUUAUCGAUCGGGAUUCUUUAUCAUUUAUUGAAUACCUCUUUUUGGAUAUUCAUCAAUACCACUCAGUAGUCAUGGAUUAG